GGUGGACUGUUACUCUGUGAUCUUCACGUCACGUCUGGUUGAGAUUUUCGACGCUCGGCAGUGAAGUUCAAAACAAAGCGGCACAAUUAAAUAUGUGAAAUGCUAAAGCAGGUAGCUAAUUAUCUGAUCCAAAUAUGGAAAAUAAGUUUAAUAUCAACUUAGACCACUCUGCAUUCACAAAACCAAGAUCCCCGGUGAAGCCCCUUUUCCAGCCUUCAUCUAAGGCCGGCCAGAGCGCCUCAUCGUCCUCCACCCUCUCUGAAACCACAGCACCCCAGCCUGCUGGCCAGCCUCUGUCCUAUGCAGAGUUCAUUGUCCAGAGGAAAGGCUUUGCCCCUCCUCCACAGAAAGAGGGUCUGUCCAGGGUAACAGCCAACGGGACAGGGUCCACGACAGCCACUAGUAGUUUGAAACAAGGUCCCUGUACGGAGACACAAGCUGGGCCAGACAGGGCGUCGGCCCCCUCUGUGGGCAAGGAGAGGAACCAGGACCAGCCGAUGGGGACAGAUGGUCUGGGGUGCAGUGGAGGGGGUACCCCAGUGGGUACAGAAGGAGAGGAGGGUCAAAGGUCAGAGGGCACUAACAUCCUGGUUCAUCCUAAACCUGUGGGCUCCGGGAACAGCAUCAUAGUCAGCCCCAGACAGAGAGGAAAUCCAAUUCUGAAGUUUGUGAGGAGUGUGCCUUGGGAGUUUGGAGAAAUAGUGCCCGACUAUGUCCUCGGUCAGACUACCUGUGCUCUCUUCCUCAGCCUGAGGUACCAUAACCUCAACCCCAACUACAUCCACGAUCGUCUGAAACAACUCGGACAGACCUUCACCCUCAGGGUUCUGCUGGUGCAGGUUGAUGUGAAAGACCCUCACCAUUCUCUGAAAGAGCUGGCUCGUAUCUGCAUCUUGUCUGACUGCACUCUCAUCCUGGCCUGGAGUCCCGAGGAGGCUGGUCGUUACCUGGAGACAUACAAAUCAUAUGAGAAGAAACCAGCUGACCUGCUGAAGGAGCAUGUGGAGAAAGACUACCUGUCCAAGGUGACUGACUGCCUGACCACUGUGAAGUCUGUCAACAAGACUGACUCCAUUACUCUGCUGUCCACCUUUUCUUCCCUAGAAGGGAUCAUCAAUGCGUCUAAAGAAGACCUGGUUCUCUGUCCUGGACUGGGCCCACAGAAGGCCAGACGCCUCUAUGAUGUGCUACACCAGCCGUUUCGCAAGUCCAAGAAGAAAGAAAGCUGACCAGCACCGUUUUUCCUCCCUGGACCCGAUGUUCUGUUGACUCAGCAGGAAACGGGGUUCCACUGUUGACCCACACCGCUCCAAAGACCGGUUACAGACCUAUAUCAAGCAGGCUUUCCGUGAAGCUCAAAUCAACUGUGAAGCUCAAACCAGCUUCUCGUCUCUACCAAGUGGCUCGGAGGGCCCUCCAUUGUCAUGGGUCCCUGAUGAGACCCGCGGGUCCCUUCCAGGGAGUGGCAAGGGGAACAAUAAAUGAUCUUCUUCAGACAUACUUUUGAACUGAAUGUUGCACCACUCAUUCUACUUACAUAAUAAACCAAGAAUUACAUUUAAAUGAGCAAAGCCCAGCUGAUGUUUUACAAGAUCUAAAUGUCAGUGACCGUUUAAAAACAAAUGUAAGAGGUAUUUCCUCUUUCACUUCUCUUUAAGUCUUUUAAGUGCAUGUGCUAUGUUUUGGCACGCAGGUCCAUUUCUUUGUGUCUAGUUUGGAAAGCUUGUGUAUGGCAGCCUUAUGGAGCCAAACUGAGCUCAAAUGUAUUGACGGUAAGAAAAGAAAAAUGUAACCAUGGCAACAAGUGACGUUGUUGCAACAAGUGAAUUUAUUAUUCUGUUUAAAUGUACACAUUUAAACAGAAUAAUAAAUGUAAAUGCUAAUACUGAGGCUCAAAACUUGCUUUUGAGAAAAGAUGACUCGAUCGAAUGUGUGAAGAAAUCAUAAUCGCUAGAAGAAGUGAUCGUGGUAAUAAACAUGUUUGAGCGAAUACAUUUUAAGAUUGGAUGCGAAAACCCAUUUAAUGAUUUUAGCAUACACUUUUACCAUGUUUGAAUCAAUUAUUUUCAUACGAUUUUAGUUUUUCGUACUCUGAAAUAUUUUCUUACAAUCAAUACAUUUGACCUCAAUUUGGCUCCAUACAACCUGACCUGUAAGCAGAAUAAUUCUCAAGCCUUGGGUCACUUUUGAAACUGGUCUGUGAGGACAAUUAAGAUAUCUGAAAAUAAUCAGCUUAUAGCAACAAAAACGAUAUACCAUUUAAUGUGUUCAAAAAUGUUGUAUUCCAAUGUUUUCAAAUGUGUUCCUGUUGAGGUCCUGAUUCACGGAUUACAGACAAAAAUUGAAAGAAAUGUAACUAGAUUCUAUGAAUGUAGAUUUCUUAUAAAAUGAAAGUGCUUAAUCUGAAAUCUGAAACCAUUUACAAAUCCACCACAUAACCUCUAGCUCAACCUCCCCACGUGUUUUGUCUGGUAAACUAUAAAAUGUGUGAAGUUUCCACCUCA